UCUCCUCAGUACUGAAAACACAGGGGGAGGAACUUUGACCGGUGCUCCAGCGCUAGUUAGCAGCCAGCUAGCUGUAUUAUUUUCAUAUUUAUGUGUGUUGUUUCAUAUGCAGAGAGAUGUGGUUUAUUUAUUUACUCAGCUGGCUGUCGUUAGUGAUCCAGAUAUCCUUCGUCACUCUAGCAAUAGCCGCUGGCCUGUACUACUUGGCAGAACUAAUUGAAGAAUACACAGUAGCCACCAGUCGAAUAAUAAAGUACAUGAUAAUGUUCUCGACAGGUGUGCUGGCAGGUCUCUAUGUUUUUGAAGGCUUCCCAGUGUUGAUGGUGGGAGUCGGCCUCUUCACCAACCUGGUGUACUUCGGCCUCUUGCAGACUUUCCCCUACAUCUUGCUGAGCUCCCCAAACUUCAUCCUCUCCUGUGUUUUGGUGGUGGUGAACCAUUAUAUGGCCUUCCAGUUCUUUGCACAGGAGUAUUAUCCAUUCUCAGAGGUGCUGGCGUACUUCACCAUCUGCCUGUGGGUGAUCCCCUUCGCAUUCUUUGUGUCACUGUCAGCGGGGGAAAAUGUACUUCCGUCCACCAUGCAACAAGGAGAUGAUGUGGUGUCUAAUUACUUCACCAAGGGCAAAAGGGGGAAGAGGUCUGGGAUCCUCCUCGUGUUCUCUUUCCUCAAGGAGGCAGUGCUGCCCAGCCGACAGAAAAUGUACUGAGGACCUCAGACUCGGGAUGCAGCCUCGGGGACAGGGGUGUGUGAGUGUGUCCAUGUUUUGGAGAUUAAGGGGAAGCAGGAACGAAGGAUUAUAAGAAUUUGUUUCUGGAUGGGACUAAAACUAGUGGCCAAAGUGGGAGAAGAGCACACGAAGAGGACGGACCAAUGAACAGAACAAAGCUUCCUGCUGGACGAGCCCACAAGUUUACACAGGCCACGUUCUUCUCUCUCUCUGUUUUUCUUUCUGUCUGUACUGACUGCCAGUAACAUCUACUAGACACCUCACUGAGGGGAUCUUGUCCGUAGUGCAAUGCUUUCUUAAAGUCUCGUUGGACUCCUCCAUUUUUUUAAGCUUUGGUAUUAAAAUAUGUAAGUGCAGGGUCUGAAAUUAACAACCACCAAAUACCUGUAAAUGUUGACUUUGGCAGAUAAAUCAUAACCAAUCAUCUACUUGAGAUGACAUCCGCUGUUAUUUGUGUGUUGUAGGUCUUGAUUCAAUACACUAAGUAGCAUUGAAGAGAGAUUAGGAGACAGAACACUACUAGUAAAAGCUUUUUGUUUCCUCAGAUGACAGAGGUGGGUUGAAGAUAAAUAAGACAGCUUUAAGGUGCUUUCCGGCUAAAACUUGACGUCCAGGCUUGGAUUUUGGUGUGAAGUGAUCCUAGAAAGCAUGAAAGUGUUAAAGGGGAGGAGAAGGAGCAACAGGUCACCACAGAAGUGCUUAUUAAGAUUACUUUAAAUUAAGAAAAGGCAGUCUGAAGUGAAGUUUAAGGAGUCAUCUUCUGAUCUAUGGAGACGUCCUGUGACAUGGUAUAAAUACUCUCUGCCCUCCCACUCUGGAUCAUUUCCACGUGGCCACAAAAACAAUGCACUUUUUAAAUUUUAUUUUUAUUUUUUUCCCUUGUCUUGCAUCUACACAUUCAUUAAUCAUCAGUGCUGUAGUCUGCAACAUUUUUUUUUUGGACUGUUUUUAAAAAUUCACAGUAAUUACACACUGAUUUUUGUACAUUGAUCGUUGAGUUAAGCCGAUAUCAAAGACAAAUGAAAACACUGAAACCUGCGCAGUGACUUAUGUAAGCUUUCGGGUGUCGGGGACAAAAGCUGCUCAAAAAAUUGUUGAUGAAAGUACUAUUAGAGCGGCCGAAAUUCUUUUUACCAAUUACUGAGUGCGGUUCAUUGUAGGCUGAUAUGCGCCCAACUGUAUAGUACAAUAAAGAGAGAUUUGAA